AUGGCGACUACAGACGCAGGCUCUAAGGCGAGACUUGAAACUUUCGAGGGCAUUAACGUUGAUUAUGAAAAGGCUUAUCAAAACAACAAAUUCAAAAUCGCUUGUGUUACAAAGGCCAUCUCCAUACUCCCUUUAAGAUCGAAGGUCCUCGAUCUUGCACAAAUUAGAGUUGAGGGCAGCUUCUCCGUAGCCGACAUGGCCGAGUACGAAGUUGAGGAGGAAACGCUUGCAGGGGUCUUCAUGAUCUUUGCCCAUCUCCAGAUGUCGUACGCUGCCGUUCACGCCGCAGUGUAUAAAUAUGCCAGAGCGCUUCAACCUGGGGAAAUCAUCGUUCUGGGACAGUCGCCAGGAGAUCACCAUGUCAAAGAAGAGUCCGCAUAUGAUGAAACUAGGACCUACGUUGAGGACUACAAUGUCCCCCUCGUGGGAGAGCCGUUGCCAACAUUCCUGAUGAGCGCGAAGGGCCAAAGGGACUUUUUUUAA